UCAUUAAGCGUACAGAAAACAGUUUUUGUCUCCAUUAUUUUUCAACAGUUAUUGAACUGAGUUUUAAGGAAAUCAAUUUAUCUGCAGUUAAAUAUAAGUAAUUAAAAUGCCUUUGCUCUUUGCUGGCGUACAUUUACGAGAUAAAUCAAAUGAGUUUCUUUCACUGAAUGAUAUCGACUUUGAUCGUAAUGUACAUUAUUUGAAAGAAGAAAUUGGUAAAAAAUUGCAGUACGACGCAACUAAUUUAGAACUAAUAUACAACGGUAUAGCUCUCAAGGAUGAAAACAAAUUGUUGGAAGCAUUGCAUCCUAGCGCCACGGUGCAUUGCUUUAGCAAGGCAAAACAAUAUCCGACGUACGUGCCACCAGAAGGUGUAACGAGUCCUGAGAAUAUCACUCAUGUUCAAGAACUUUUUAAUGUAAUCGCACAUACUCAAAUAAAUGUGAAUUCGCGAAUCAAUAUCCUGCAGAAAAUAUUGGCGGAGUAUCCAGAAUUUCGACGUAAUUUAGGAGCGCAAGCACUUAUUAGAGAUUCAGUGCUUUUUAAUGCACUGCACCAUCCACAAGUAGUGAAGAACAUAUCUGAGGAGUACCCAAUUAUUUGCGAAGCUGCCCCAUUUAUGGUUGAUACUAUUAAAAAAGAACUGGCUAGAAGUUCGUCCACCACACUUUCGGAACCAGCAACGGAUUCGACGAAUUCGUCUGAGGAGGAAAAUUCAAUGAGUGCAAGCACAAGUAAUGAUCGUUCGGAAUCAGGAGCACAAUUGGAAAACGCCCGUAUACGUAUGAUUAGCCGUCAUCAAUUGCAAACAGCACUAACGCGAAUUGGUGUUGGUUCUGUCAAUUCUCUCUCCAGCAUUGCUCAAAGGAAUAGUGAUGAAGAUAAUACAGUAUCUGGCACAACAGCACCAUAUGACGCGAUGGCUGCUUCAUCUGCAUCACUCUUAAACACUAAUAGUAAUUCACGUAUCUCAGCAUCAAUGUUUCGUUCAGAAUUGCAGCGGGCAUUAGAAUCACUGAGCCACGGCCGCAAUCAACUGAAUGAACCGGGCAGUGACAAUAGUGCUCAGGGCGAAGAGACACAGCAAAUGGACACAUCAGAAGCACCUACUUCCGAGGCUACGGAAGAGGAGAGCGACGAUCUACCAGCACAGUAUCGCACUCAUCAAUAUGCAAACGAACUGCGCACUAUGGCACAAAUGGGACUGCUCAAUUACGAGGACAAUCUAGUAUAUUUGACUAUAGCAAGUGGUAAUAUAGAUGUUGCUGUAAACCUCUUAAUGGGAGCAAUGAAUUAAAAGACCGUGAAGGAAGAAAGGAUAAACGAUGCAGUUUCAAAAUCAUUUUAGAAAUUGUGGUGUCAACAUUUGUUGUAAAUUUGCGUCUCAUUUGCAAUCUAAUUUAAUUAAAAAAAUAUAUGUGUAUGUAUUUGUA